AUGCGGAAAGGCUAUCUCAUAUUUAUCAUCGUCAAUUUCCUCAUCGUCGCGUUCCUCGUGCGCAGCGUAUUUACGCUCCUGACCCUUCUAAUCGAAGAUGCCUCGGCUGAUGCAAUUCGACGUUCGGACCUACCUUCACCCAAUUCGAACUUAAUCGAGUCCCGUCCACAGAUUAUUCCCAAGAUCAUCCAUCAGACAUAUAAGAAUACCUCAAUUCCUGCUGUGUGGCAGGGUGCUCAGCAGAGCUGCAUCAGUAUACAUACUGAUUAUGAGUACAAGCUUUGGACGGACGAGAAAUCGAGAGAAUUUAUCGCGAGCGAAUAUCCUUGGUUCCUAGAAACUUUCGAUAACUACCCGCAUAACAUUCAACGCGCUGACGCCAUUCGAUACUUUGUGCUGGCACAUUAUGGUGGCACUUACAUUGAUCUAGACGAUGGUUGCAACCGUCGACUGGAUCCCCUCCUCUCCUAUGGUGCCUGGGUCCGUCGCACAGCGCCCACGGGCAUCUCCAACGACGCUAUGGGGGCUAUCCCCCAGCACCCCUUCUUCCUCCGUGUCCUCGACUCACUACAAGCGUAUAACAAGAACUGGGCGCUACCCUACAUCACUGUCAUGUAUUCGACUGGCCCACUCUUCCUCUCAGUCAUCUGGAAAGAAUACAUGCUCUCCGAGCCCGCCAUGGCCGAUCGCGUACGCAUCCUCAUGCCAGACGAGUAUAAUCGGCACUCAUGGAGCUUCUUUACACAUCACCAGGGCAGCAGUUGGCAUGGCAGAGAUGCUAGGUUAAUAUUCUGGAUGGGCGGUCACUGGAUGCUUCUAACGGCGCUCGGUUUCCUCCUUGCCGGUGUAUUCGGCUUCUGUCUCUGGUGGGCCUACGGCCGCCUCCUCUUCUACACAUCCCGCUGCUUUCGCUACUCCCCACUCUCCCGACGACCACCGCCACCGCCACCCCACCCACCGAUCCCGCAACGCUCCCCAUCGUUCUCACCCUCUCGUCGGCACGGCAACCGGUUAUUCCAAGGUUGGCUGCGCCGGCAAAGCCCCGCAAAGCGACGUGGUGACGAGGAAACUGGCCGGUAUGCGGAUACCGCUUAUGAACUUCUCGGCGGGCGCAAGAGCAGUUUCCGGGAUGAAUGA